CUCGCCCCCUCCUCGCGUCGCUUUAACCUGAUAACUUUCUGAACGGAGUUAGGUUCAGUUUGUUACCUUUUACAUAAUGAGGAGUUAACGGAACAACAGACACGGAAGAAGAAGAAGAAGAAACACGGACGGUUAGAAGACGGAAGAAAAGGAAGAAGAAGAAGAAGUUAUUUCUCAGGUUCUCACCGCUGUGAAGGAAGAAGAGGAAGAAGAGCAUCGGGAGGAGCGACAGAGAUGAUGGAGGAGGUGACGCUGAGAGGAGGCGUCGCCAUGGCGCCCGGAGGCGUCCCAGAAGAGGAGGAGACUCCUCGGAGGGAUGCAAACAUUUACUGCAACCACACCGACAACAGUCUCACUCCCGAUGCAGCUGAGGCUACGCCGGAGGCCGCCACGGAAAUGGAGCAAACCAAAGACCUCCCAGUGAUGCCCCAGAAACCAGGACCUGUGGUCGUCCAGGGCAACAACAAGAACCCAGCCAGUGAGAAGCUGGAGAGAGUCCGCAAGUGGAGCAUCGCCACCUAUAAGUGCACCCGGCAGGCUCUGUCGGAGAAGCUCGGCCGAGGAUCUCGUACGGUGGACCUGGACCUGGAGCCUCGCCUCGAGCUGCUCAAAGACGACCGACAACGCUACGACAACGUGACCAAGCUGGCUCAGACGCUGGCCAAUCAGCUCGCUCAGUUCUCAGUCACCCAGAAGACACUGGGGGACGCCUUCAGCGACCUCAGCGUCAAAACGCCAACACUGCACGUGGAGUUUGGUGUGAAUGCAGAGGCUCAGAAGUUUCUGUCGAAGAGCGGCGAGACUCUGAUGGCCGCCAUUAACACCUUUACAUCCGACAUGAACACGCUGGUCAACAAAACCAUCGAGGACACUAUGAUCAACGCCAAGCAGUACGAGGCUGCCAGGAUGGAGUACGAUGCGUACCGAGUGGACCUGGAGGAGUUGAACCUGGGGCCCCGGGACGCCAUCACCAUGCCCAAACUGGAGCUGGCCCAGAAGGACUUCCAGAGCCAGAGAGAGAAAUACCAGCGGGUACGGGACGGCCUGUCCGUCAAAGUUAAGCUGCUGCAGGAGAACAAGGUUAAAGUCCUCCACAAGCAGUUGUGGCUGCUCCACAGCGCCGUCGCUGCCCACAGUUUAUCGUGUCAAAACUUCCUGGAGCAGAACAUGAGGCAGGCGGGCGAACACCUCAACACCCCCAGCGUAGAUGCCCCCUCCUGGCUGGAGGAAAGUUGACACGACAACCAAACAACAACCAAACUUGGCCACGUGGAUUGAAGUUGGGUUCGAAGAAUGUUUUGUAAUAAAUGGACUAGAAAUGUUCAGAUGCAUGUGGAUUUUGGGAUAGGUAGGUAGGUAGGUAGGUAGGUAGGUAAAGUAUUUAUACCAAAGUGGAAUGGGAGCUUUUGGGUUUGGGAUGGAUUUUCAGCCUAUGGAAAGUGUUUGCUACAAAUAUGAGGAGUUAGACACAGCAGUUUACAGGGAAAUGUAUUGUUUUGGAUGUUGAAUGGGCUCCUUUUUAAAGGCUCAGAAAACGUGCAAUUUUAUCACUUUCCAGGUCUAAAAAUGUUGUUCAAAAGUCUAAAACAAAUCGUUGAAAAGGAUGGAUUUUAUUUUGAAUUCUUAGCAUGAUUAACUCUCAGUUUCUAUACUAUGCAUCCAUUCACAGACGUACAGUACUUGUGACUUCUGACCUGUUUAACAGAGACGAAACCCCCUCUGGUUUUCUUGCCUCAAUCUUAUUGUGUUGGGGAGUAAAUCCAUAAUCCUCUGGGAGGCACUAAGCCUUUCUUUGAACUUUAAAAAAAAAAAUCCUCACCCACUGCAGUCAGAAACUAAACAGCGACUAAAAGUGCCUCGACACCGGUGCUGGAAAACUGCUUCUCUGCACCGACUGGCUUCCCUAUUUGCUGUCCUGAUUGGACUCUUAUUGAAUCUUUUGUCUCCUUUUUGUUCAUUUUUUUUAUUUGGUAGCAGCUUCUCAUUUUUAGCCGCCACGGACCAUCACUUUUACUGGUUAAAAUGAUUAACAUUGCCUACGGCAGAUCAUAUUUAGCUGUAGCUAAUUAACAUUAAUGCCAGAAGUUUUUUUGCAAAAAGGGUGAAAUGAAACGUGGCAGUUCUCUGGUAAUGUUCUCUGCAAGACAGUGUUUUUCUAGGCAAAAGCUUAUAUGUAUUGAAGUGUGUAUAUAUAUUGUAUAUACAGUAUAUAUACACUACCGGUCAAGU